UUUAUACUGCUCCCUCUUCUUCUGUCCAACCAAUCAGGAAUGACAAUACGGAAAAAUUUCUACCCUCGCAGGUAUAAAAGCGAGCCUCAUGGUCGUGUUCGACAUUAGUUUGAAUCGUUCGUUCGUUCGUUUAAUACAAAGCAAAAAAUGACUGGUCGAGGUAAAGGAGGAAAAGGACUCGGAAAGGGAGGCGCCAAGCGUCAUCGCAAGGUCCUUCGUGAUAACAUCCAGGGUAUUACUAAGCCCGCCAUCCGUCGUCUGGCGCGUCGUGGAGGAGUAAAACGUAUCUCUGGCCUGAUCUACGAAGAAACCCGAGGUGUGCUGAAGGUUUUCCUGGAAAACGUUAUCCGUGACGCAGUCACUUAUACUGAACACGCUAAGCGCAAGACCGUCACUGCCAUGGAUGUCGUGUAUGCACUGAAACGACAGGGACGCACGCUGUAUGGAUUUGGAGGUUAAAUAGUUCGAACUGCUAACGACAAAAGGCCUU